UGAUUUUGUUAUGUUAAUGUGUGUCAUAGAAGGGGACCCUGGUCCUGAAGGAGAUGCUAAAGAUUGACAGUACUGGAACAGGAAGCCUCUCUUCCCAGGAGGCAGCCAACAGCUCCGCCCCUGGUGGCCAGCAGCAGAACAGGAGACGAUCGUCCAAGAAACUAGCAGCUAAUAUGAACGCCCCUCAUGGCGACACAGCUGUAUUAGCUUCUCCCACAUCAGUCACCUCUGCCAACCACACCAACGCUGUGCUGACCAGUAAGGUGUCAGAGCUGGCACGUGUCUGUGUGGGGUUAGGAAUGGCACCACCCGAGUUCAGCUACAUAGGCAACAGACAGGGUGUAGUAGUGUGUCAGGUGAAGCUGUCCAACGGGUUGAUGGUUCACGGCCCUCAGUGCCAAUCAGAAAAUGAUGCCAAGGAGAAAGCUGCCUUCUUUGCCCUCCAACGUCUGAACUCGUUGGGAUCAGGCUCCCCCCUCCCACCUCCUAUAUACCCAGGAGUGGGUCAGAUUCGGCCCCCACCCAUAGGAGCCAUGCCCCCAGUCUUCAGCCAACAAGGUGGUCUGCUGUUACCUCCCCAGGGCUACGCCCCUGCCCCGCUGUGGGGAAUGACGCCACCUCCUCACCACCACCAAAACCAACCUUUCUAUGGAGCAGCGGGAACUUUCCCUGGUUCUUCCCACCACCAGCCUGCAGCAGCACUGCCCAUCGGCUCACAUAACCAGUUUAUUCCAUUACAGGUGACUAAGAAGCGAGUCUCAGCCAACAAGAAGAAACAGGAAACUCAAGAGUUCUACAGCGCCAGCCAAACCGUGGCCAAGCAUCAAUCACAGAAAGCCCAGAAGCAGCCCUCUGGCCAAUCACAGGCUCAAAGCGGUGACGUCAUCCCGCCACACCAACAUACUGCCAACAGCAUCCAACCAACCUCCUCUCCCAGUCCAGGUCUAGCGGACACUGUUUCUACGACGACGGCAGCCCCACACACGCCCGUUAGAAUCAGUGAGGUCAGUGUGUUUUUUUGCAAAAGUUACAACUUUUGGGCAUCAGACAUUGUCUCUGCUAUUUGCAUGAAGUAUGAAUUAAUAAACAAGUCUAGAAAAAAUAAUGGCAAACAGAUACUGAAGUGUAAAACUAGUAACAUUAAUUCAGCAAGAAAAAAGAAACCGAAACACAGAGGAUCUCGUGUGUUCUUCAGGCACGGUAAGGUUGGCUUUCCCUGCACAUUCAACACAUUCUGUUGAAAACACUGGUUGCUUUAUGCUCAUAUUUUUCUUUCUGGUUUUUGUUUGUUUUUCUUGACAGCUUGAAUUGUGUUGGUUUGGUGUCAAAAUGUGGCUGUAAACUGUAUUCCUCAGACCCUGCUAAUGCCUCAUUCUGAAGGAGACAUACUGUAUGUGCUUGAGCCCAUUAACAACAUGUAUUUGCUCUCCCGUCUCCAAAGAAAAUUGGCUUCUCUCUGGGUCAGCUUUUCUUUUCCUGGACACUUUAUGAGACAGUUACCAUUAAUGUGACUGACUGCAACCACUCAGCUGGAGCCAGACACUAGCCAGGGAUCCCUGUGUUGCCAUAUCAUCGAACUCGUGAAGCUGCUCGGAUUAGCAGCCAAAUGUCUUCAAGCCAAAUCUUCACAAAUCCAGACGCCUUGCUUUAACUCUUUGAGUGAAUAUGACCUUAAUGACUGAGAAUCUCCACAGAUAUGAUGACAAGGUUUGAUAACAAAUCUCAUACAUGAUUGAACUUUAGCUGCUGCCCAUUUAAGAUUCCUUACAAUGUUUGCACUUUGCAAGUUAUUUGACCAACAUGUACUCUGCAUAUGUAAAUGACUCACCUGUAAAUCUUUUAUGAACUUAAUACAUUGAUGUUUUAUCUGGAA